AUGAUGCAGGCGCUGAGAACCGGCAACCCGAUUGUGGACGUGCUGAUCUGCAUGCUCAUUCCCGUCCUCUUCAGCUUCCUCAUGGGCCACAGCUCCUCUGAUCCCCUUAGCUCGAAGUUCAUCGACUCAGCACGCUACGCGUAUGACUUUGUCACUGGGACAAAGACGUACAUUCGGCGCAUCGAAUACGAGGACAGAGGCCAACGCUACGUCUCUGACGAUCGCACUGCUUUGGACACUUCUUCGCGCAACAACAUCCUGCAGAAAGCCAUCAAGAUAUACAUGCAGGAGAAGUGCUCCCUGGAGAUCGACGAUGCUGAGGUGUAUCUCAUUCCGCAGAAGGAGAUCAAGCUUGAGAAGGAUCAGUAUGGCGAUCUGUGCGUUUUCAGUGGCAGCUACAAACAGCUUCUGGCAUACGCCGUCAACCGGCUGCCGAAGAAAGAUCACUGGGUCGUCGUCGAUGGGACUGCACCAACCCUGUACUUCAGACAGGCAAUGGAUGUUUCAGAAGAAGGCGAAGGCCAAGGCCGUAUCUGCAUCCGAAACUUCAUCUUCGAGCUCCGGGCGCGAGGGCCGAAGGCCCAAGCCAAGGUCGAUAACUUCAUCGACACCGCCUUCGACUUCUACAAGCAGAAGAAGGGGGAGGAGAUCGACAAGAGCCGCUAUCUCUACCAGCCCGUCCUGACAUCCUCCAAGACAUCGGAGGAGGCCGGGUCGGAUGAUGAUACAGACAUGGCGCGGAAGUACAAGAGGUACAUCCUCUCGGACUCCAAAAGCUUCGACACGCUGUUCUUCCCAGAAAAGAAGCAGCUGCUGAAGCUUGUGGACGACUUCCGCCAUGGCCGAGGCAAGUUCGCCAUUCCUGGGUUUCCCAACAAGCUGGGCAUCCUCCUGGAUGGCCCGCCCGGGACGGGCAAGACGAGCCUCAUCAAGGCUUUGGCCAUCUACCUGCAACGGCACAUUGUGUCGGUUUCCCUGGAGAAGGUCAAGACCAACCAGGAGCUGAUGGACAUGAUGUUCGACCUCUCCUACUCCGUGAAGGGCGAGGAUGAGCCCUUCAAGAUGAAGUUUGAGGAGGUCAUCUUCGUAAUGGAAGAUGUGGACUGUGCCUCCAGGGUCGUGUAUGCGCGGAAGGGAGCUUCGGCGGCAGCAGCUGCCCAGGCAGGGAGCAUGCUCACGGCGCCCAGCACCGUCGACCCCGCAGACAGCACCGCCGCGCCCGCACCAGCCGCCAGCCCACAGUUGGACCAGGUGUCAACAAAUGCUGCGCCCCUCUACCGAGCGCAGUCGGAGCCCGUCCGCGCGUCGGAUCCCAGCGACCCCGCGCUGCUCAAGCGCAACGCGCCCUUCUCCAUCCCAAAGAUGCUGCGGCAAGUGUCCAAAGUCGCCGAAUUGACGCAGGAUCACGCGGACCCCAGCGAGGGCGGAGGCGCUUCGAAUUCGGCCCCCGAGGAGAGUGCGGAUGCCGCGGCGGAGGAGGAGGACGAGGAGGAGGAGGACCUUGAGGCCGAAGAGGAGGCGGAGCGUGGCGAGGUGUCCGCUGGCAAGCAGCAGGCCGACGGCUCCGGCAAGAAGAAGUCCUUGCUGUCCCUGUUGGACACGCAGCUGGACAAGCUGAACCUCUCCGGUCUCCUGAACGUUCUGGAUGGCGUCGUUGACACUCCUGGGCGAGUCCUGGUGAUGACAACGAAUCACCCGGAGAAGCUCGACCCGGCCCUGAUCCGGCCGGGGAGGAUCAACAAGCGCAUCCACCUGGGCUUCGUGGACACCGAGACCCUGCUCCUCAUGGCGAAGCACUACAUCUGCCGGGACGUAGAGCUGCCCCCGCACGCUGCGAGCGAAGCGGAGAAGCUUUGCAGCUCCGGUCGCGGUAUCACGCCCGCCUGGGUGGAGCAGUGCUCUGCGGAAUCGGAGGACUUCGACGGCUUCUUGAGGCAACUCUGGGUUCUGAAGAAUGCGGCCGUACCUGGGCCGAAGCCUGCGCCACCCAGCGGCAACCGGCGAUGGUAG